AUGGGGCGCGGCGGCUCGCCCUCCUCCUCCGGGCGCGACGACGGCGAGCUCUCCGGAGACGCGAAGACGUACCAGAAGCUCCUCCGCGGCGCGCGGAAGGGCUCGCUGCAUCGCGUGAAGAAGUACGCCAAGCGACUGCGACGCGCGCCCGCCGUGGAUCUCGAGACGCGAAGCGCUGUCCAACUCGACCGCGCGCGCACCGCGCUCCACCUCGCGUGCGACGCCGGCGCGGACGACGUCAUCGCGUGGCUCUUAAAGCGCGGCGCGGACGUCGCCGCGGUGGACGCCGACGGGAACACGCCCGCGCAUCUCCUCGCGCGUCACGCCGCGGUGCGCGAUCGCGCCGUCGAGCGCUUGCGGAAGCACGGCGCGAGCGCGCACGCGAGGAACGCGCGCGGGGAGACGCCGACCGCGCUCGCGGAGAGGGCGCACGAGGCGCACGCGGCGAGCGCGCGCGCGCACGCGGAGCGCCGCGCGGAGCGGCGCCGCGCGGAGUCCGGGGGGAGAGGUUUAGGGGGAGGGGGCGGAGACGACGACGGCUACGAAGGAUUCGGCGACGCGAGCGCGCGCGCGGCGGCGAACGAGGCGCGUCGAUGGCGCGAGAAACUGAUGGACGCCGCGUUCGCGGGCGGCGAGAUCGACGAGUUCGGCGGCGGCGGCGGCGGCGUGGAGGCGGGCGAGUCGCACCGAGCGUUCUUCGAGUCGUACGGCGACGAGGACGAUCCAGACGCGUAUCGAUGGCGCGAGGAGGAGGAAGCGUACCGGAGGUACGUCGAGGAGGGCAUAAGCGCGCGGAAGCGGAAGCGGGUUUCGGAAACCCUAGACGGAAACCCUAGACGCUCGAGGGAGGACGUCGCGCGGGCGCACGCGGACGCGACGCGCGCGAGAGACGCGGAGGCGCAGCGCGUGUUGGACGACGCGCGGAGACAGGACGCGGAGUGGCGCGAGAAGACGUCCCGAAACGCCGCCGCCGCCGCCGCCGCCUCCUACCGCGAGCGAUGGGGCCGCGCCGCGGCGAUGAUCGACGGCGGCGCGGUCGACCUGAGGUUGACCGACGUUCCGUGGCCGGUCAGCGCGAGGGUGUUGACCGGCGACGCGGUCGCGGCGAAGCGCGCGUUGCGCGCGGCGUUGACGAGGGGCGCCGCGGGCGCGGCGGAGUCGAGGAAGGCGCGUUCUAUACACUGGUCCCCAUACGACCCCGUCGGCGUGGUGAACGCCGAUCCUUAA